UCGUUAUUUCAAGGGGAAGAGAAUGUACAUAACUCCACAUCGCUACCUCAAUUUCAAUGAUCUGCUGAAUGAUCUGACAGGGAAGCUGCCCAAUAGUGUCAGCCUUCCCUAUGGUGUUAGACAGAUCUUCACCCCCAAUCAAGGUCCACCGCGUCUUUGAGAUAAAAGACUUACAGGAUGGAGAGGCAUACGUUUGUGCGGGGUUUGAAGGCUUCAAGGUUCUCAAAUAUGGCAAGGCUGAGUUGGAACCUUGGUCUGUUGCUCGUCCUCACAAUCAUGGUGAUCUUGACAUGUCUGGAGAGCUUCAAGGAUACCGUUACCGCGGUUAUGCCACGAACAAUGCUUUCCACCCAGGCAGAUACUUCCGAGCCAAUGGCUCUUUACCAAACAGACGCUGGCCAGGAGCCUUCGGGACAGCAAGCAAAAAUGCUUACGUUUCUUCGGAAAAUGUGUCUAUGAAACCAAAAGUCAUCACAAUAGUGCGCAAUGGAAAUCGUCCAAGAAAUAGUGUUAAGAUCUUACUCAAUCGGAGAAGUGUUCAAUCAUUUGAACAGUUAAUGGCAGACAUAUCUGAAGCAUUUGGACCAAAAUGGAAAAAUAACAAGGUGCGGAAAUUAUACACGACAAAGGGACGUGAGGUUCAGGGUAUUUCAGACUUCUUCCGUCACGAUGAUUUGUUUGUGGCAAGUGGUAAUGAAGCCAUUGUUGAGGAGGAUCUGAGAGAUAUUCUUCAGGAGAUGUAUCCAGACAGUAGUCCUCAUGCCAAAAAUCUUCAUAAAGAAUGGGAAAGGUCAAGAAAGAAGAAACAUGCUGCUCCUGUGCACAGAGAAGUAGACACAGACAAACGGGACAGUGGUUUUGGAGAGCCAAGUGAAGGAAGCAAUAGCAAUAGAGAUUCAGACCAUGAGGCCACUCAGACAGGUCGAGGUCGUCCUGAAGAGGUUCGCAGGAGAGACAGGAGAGAUAAAGACAAACACAGUCUGAGUCCUUCCAAAGACACUGCAAGAGAUUCCCUUUCAGAGACUCCUCGGGAACAGCAGAAAGAUGCAUUUGGGAAGGGUAUCUAUGAUGAAAGGGAGCGAGCCAGACGGCGACAGCAGAAGAUGUUGGAGUCUGAGAAACGGGCGUUGGAGGAUGAGCGAAGAAAACGUGGGCUUGUUCCCCUGAAGGCCCAAGAUGAUCCCUUCAAGAAGAUGAAAGAACGAGAGAAGGAGAAAUUAGAGGCAAGGAGGAGGAAGGAUCAAGAGAAGAAGAGGCAGAUGGAAGAAGAGGAAAAGGAACGGAGGAGAAAGGAAUUUGAGGAGGCAGAGAAAGCUGCUCGAGCUAGGAAAGCAGCUGCAGAAAAGGAGGAACGUGAAAGGGAAGAAAGAGAAAAAGAAGAAAAAGAAAAAGCGGACGAAAAGAAGGCAGAACAAGAGAAAGAAAAGGAAGACAAGAUUGUAGAAAAGGACAAAGUGAAAGACAAAGAAAACAAGGAAACAAAAGACAAUAAGGAUACUAAUAACAAGGAUAAUAAGGAUAACAAAGAUAACAAAGAUAAUGAGAAACCUCCAGUGAAGAAACGACAGAAGACAAAGAUUGUGAGAAGGACAAAAGCUGAGAGGCUAAUUCCCAAUGAUGAGCCUGUGUUGGAAAAGUAUGACCUUGGCAGGACUUUAGGAGAUGGUAAUUUUGCUAUUGUGCGGACUUCUAAAUUGAAAUCUUCAGGACAGGAGUUUGCAAUGAAGGUUAUUGACAAACCGAAGCUGAAGGGUAAAGAACAUAUGGUGGAGAAUGAGAUUGAGAUUAUGAAAGACUGUAACCACCACAACAUUGUCAAACUAUAUGAGGAGUUCGAAACUCCAGAUAAACUCUAUCUGGUAAUGGAACUUGUUAAGGGUGGUGAUUUGUUUGAUGCCAUCACCCAGAGUGUCAAGUUUGGGGAGGUAGACUCUGCCAACAUGGUGAAGGAUCUCUGUCAUGCACUCUUCUACCUCCAUUCUCGCAACAUCGUUCACCGUGACCUCAAACCAGAGAAUUUGCUGGUGCAUAGAAACAAGGACAGUACGAUUACGUUAAAACUGGCUGACUUUGGUCUGGCGAUGGAUGUGAAGGAACUGAUCUACACAGUGUGUGGGACGCCAACAUAUGUAGCUCCAGAAAUACUGUCGGAGAUAGGUUAUGGCCUGGAGGUUGACAUGUGGGCAGUGGGCGUCAUCUCCUACAUCCUUCUCUGUGGCUUCCCUCCAUUCCGUAGUCCCGAUCGCAACCAGACAGAACUGUUUGAGUUCAUCAAGUCCGGGGUAUAUGAGUUCCUCUCUCCCUAUUGGGAUUACAUAUCGGAUGCUGCCAAGGACAUGAUCCAGCACCUGCUGGUGGUGGACAAGAAGCGGCGCUACACCGCAGUGGAUGUCCUGUCCCACCCCUGGAUCCUGGCAGGGGGAGACAUGACCAGACUCCUCGACAGCAUGAGCAUCACCGAGGCACAGCGAGAACGCCGGAAGGAGCUGGAGACGCAGGCUCGGCAGAACCUCGAUAGUUAUACAAGAAUGAAGGAGAAGAGGAAAGCAAAGGAAGAAUAAAUCUCCAUAUUGGUUGAUGACAAUUUACUGAACAACAUUCCAUAAGAUGUGUUGAAAUGGACGUGUUACACGUGUUGGCAAAAGUGACUUAGUUUUGACGGGUGUCUUACCAUUGCCAGUAUAUAUGUAUAAAGUACACUUAUUGGAUCUGUAUAUAUCAUCUUCAGUGACACUGACUGUCUCAAGUAUCUGUCCAACUCAAGCAAUGGCUGUGAAGAAAUGAGAAAGCAUUUCGAAUUGCGUCUUAAUUGAGGGGAGAUAAUUCUACUUCAGAGACUAUUUAUCGGUAAUGUGAAGGAAUCUCUUUGUGGAAAUCGUGUCAAUGUGUUUUUGGUUUUGCAGGAAAAGUACACUUGAGGUGAGUGCUCUUAAUGUUAUACUACAUAAGUGCUAUAUAUAUUGGUAAUUAUAGCGCUGUAACUCCAAAUUCUCAUGAUAUAGAUCUGCAGGAGUGAUUUGAGCAUUGUACAGAAAUCCUAUUAUUUCUAUUGCUUUUACGGGAAGUCGAGAAAUGAUUGUGAUCAAAAUAUUGACAGGAUCUUGAUUGGGAGAUUGUAAGGGAAGUUAAUCGGAAAUGUGAUGUGAGGCCAUUUUGUAAGGGGAGACAACUAAUCAUUUCAUGGUUUGAAACACAUCUCCUGUUGUACUCUUCAUUCACAGAAAUGUAUAUUCUGGAUAUGGCCAGUUUACAUGAAUGAUAUCGAGUAUGUUUCUAUGCCUUUACUUAUUUCUAAAUAAUUGUUUCCUUGUGUAUGUUACUGACACAGGUUGAAAUAUUUGUCUCGUAAAGUGCAUUUUGAAACCCAAUACUUGAAGAGACACUCAAAUCAGUCCUCGUCCACAACACCAAGGAACAGAUUUAGAACACAUACCGGUACUGAGGUUUUGCCAUUUUGUUGCCCUCGUUUUUCAGAUUUUCCAAAGAUACUUUUAAUGAUUUUCAAAGUCAUCUUUCAUAUUGGAUGUUCCAUUGUCUGAAGUUACUGUGAUUCUGCUGAAUGCUUCUGCCCUGUGACAUAUACUUGACAAGAGGAUUUAUCAAAAUAUCUCUACAGAUUCAUUCCCUGUAAAUAUGAACUGAACAUGCAUUUAUACCUACUGAACUGGGCAUGGAACCAGUUAACUGUUGAUCUUUGCAUAUUUUUGUACAUGUAUGUUGGAAACAAGAACCAAAGGUGGGCUGUUGUUCUCAUUACAAGACUUGUGUCAGUAGACAGGCAAGUAGUUAUGCAUCAUCAGUUAUGUUGAAUAAAAAUCAAAUACACUGUUAUUUCAAGAAAUCAAUAUUUUUAUAAAUUGUUAGAAAGAUAAAUGUGUUGUGAACAUAGUAUGUUAUCAGUUCAUUGAUCAUUCUCUUACAGCCAAACUCUUUGUCAAUAAUAUGUUUUUCAAACAAAAAGAAUAGUAUGAUAUGUGUUACAAGCUUGAAAGUUAACAUUUGCAUCUUUUAGUUCAGGACUAGUUUUGAGAAGUUGUUAAAUUCAACAAUUAAGCUACAGAUUUCUCUCAGUAAGUCAUUUAAAUGUCUUCACUGUAGGGGCGGUCGGGAUAGCCUAAUGGUUAAAGCGUUGGCUCGUCACGCCAAAGACCCGGUUCGAAUCCCCACAUGGGUACAA